GGUUCCGCUUUCCCGGACCGGACCGGAGCCGUCACCAUGACCGCCACGUUGCGCCCGUACCUGAACGCGGUGCGUGCCACGCUGCAGGCCGCCCUGUGCCUGGAGAACUUCUCCUCGCAGGUGGUGGAGCGCCACAACAAACCCGAGGUGGAGGUCAGGAGCAGCAAGGAGCUGCUGUUGCAGCCAGUGAUCAUCAGCAGGAACGAGAAGGAGAAGGUGCUCAUUGAGGGCUCCAUCAACUCCGUGCGCGUCAGCAUCGCUGUCAAACAGGCCGAUGAGAUCGAGAAGAUCUUGUGCCAUAAAUUCAUGCGCUUCAUGAUGAUGAGGGCUGAGAACUUCUUCAUCCUACGCAGGAAGCCCGUGGAGGGCUACGACAUCAGCUUCCUAAUCACCAACUUCCACACGGAGCAGAUGUACAAGCACAAGCUUGUGGAUUUUGUGAUCCAUUUCAUGGAAGAGAUCGACAAGGAGAUCAGUGAGAUGAAGCUCUCUGUCAACGCCAGGGCCCGCAUCGUGGCAGAGGAAUUCCUCAAGAACUUCUAGGCCAUGCCGUGACUCCGUGGCUUCCCGGUGCCUGUGCAGAGCCGCAUGCCGGGGGUCUCCUGCUCUGGAGAAGGAAAGCUGGGCCCCUGGCUGCGAACCCGUCUCCUCGCUGGCCGGGGCGGGGGCGGACCGGGCUUGUGCGUGUGUGGGGCCAGGCGGCCCCGCUCCCUGUCCUGUCGCAUUGUGUUUUAUAAAGAGUUACUUGCUGUA